AUGGCUGACAGUGAUGAUCCGCAGCUACCCAGUUCUGCACCCCCGGCUGUCCCCCCCGGUAUCCUGUCAACAGAGACCGUCGCAGCACCCCAUCGCACCCCUCUAUCCUCACGACCCUUUCAUUCUCUCUCUCUCCCCGGUAUGCUGCCUUUGCCCCCAGGGCUCCCCCUUCGCUUUGACCGUAACAUUAAACAAGCAUUUUACAACACUGGCGCGCUGUUAUUCGCUGCAGGCUGCUGUGGGGCGGCAGUGCUAGUGUACUUUAUUCUGGAGGCCUUCUUGCGGCCGCUACUAUGGGCCACCUUAUGUGGCACCUUCCUACACCCGUUUAAAAACUCUCUGACUGGCUUGUGCCGCCGCUGGCUAUGCAGUCUCCAGCGCAGGGGCUCCCCUAUAGUACUGGCAACCCUACUGCUUCCUGUCAGCUUCGUGAACCACAGCCUGGAGGCCCUUGGGGAGCUAAUUGCUCGCAGGUUGCGGGUGUUAGUACCGAUGUUGGCUGGGGCUCCUAUCUGUUACGCUAUAUACUGUGCUGGCAGCUACCUGGGGGUGCGAGAAUUUUUUGGGCAAAUAUGCGGAUUGAUCUGCGGAGCCCUGGAGUACUUCAGCACGAUGUGGAUAUGGACAUUGGUUAUUGGCUAUGUGUUAGCAAUCUCAUUUAAGUGGAAUGCUGACACCCAACGCUACCUCACAGCUAUCUCUGUGCCUGUUUGGCUCAUCCUGCUAUUCCACUUAGCAUCAGUUGCUGGCUCCUGGAAAAUUCCUGUCUUUCUUAUAAUAGUUUUUCUUAUGACUGUUGGCGCCCUGCACGAGGGUCAUAAUGGUCAUGAAACAUCAGGUACUGUGCUACCUGGACACAUGAUCACCAUAGCUGCUUCAACCAUUGCUAUGGCAAUAUCAAUUACAGGAUUUGAGGAACACCAGGAAGAGCACACUGCAGCACAAUCUGCAGAGGAAACAAAGAAUAAUGAACCUACUACACCUAUUUCAUCACCUGCCUCCAUAUCAUUUAGUAGACAAAGAGGGGACAUUGGUGCAUUCUUAAGAAAGAAGAAAACGAGUGAUAUCUACUUUGUUCUGCUUGUGUGGGCUAUAUUUAUCGUACAGCUAUGGCUUAAUCUGUGGAUAAUACAACUUCUUCCGGUGCCGAUUGCAGUUUUUGCUGUAAAGAAGCUUGUCCUUCACUUUGGUGUGGUGAACUUUUUGGUAAAUCGUUUUGGUUCUUGGUGGGAAGUGGUGGCAAACUUUGUAAAGGAGCGUCAGGAUGCCCUGGCACCCAGACCUAUUAGAGGGCUUGGAAGAUUCAUGCUGAGAGUCGACAGUAAGAUGUGGCAUUGGCUUAAUGAGCAGCUGAUAGUUUGGCUGGAGAAAAGUAUCGACAAGAUAAUCAGCAUAUUCAUCAUAUUUUUGCUUGUCAUUGGAACCCUUCUGUUAGGCUUGCUCCUUACAGCAAAGGUUCAUGAAGAAAGUGUACAUAUCAUUCAAGUUACAAGUAACCUGAUUAAUGAGACACUUAGUAAUCAUCCGGAAUGGGCAAAGUAAGAACUGUAAAUCCUAGCUAUGGCCUAAGGAGGGUAAUUAUGUAUACCAUGACAUUUGAUUAACAUUUAUGCUGUCUGUGGAAAAAUAUUGAACUUCAGUUAUCCAUGCCAUGUAGUGAUAAGUGACCACCCACCUAUCUACUCUUAACCUUAAAAUGUAUUAAUCAAAAAGACUGCACCUGUAAAGCAGUACAGCCCUAGUGUGUGAUCACAUUAAGCAUAAUAGAGAGCUUCUUAAUAUUAUGUGCUCCAAAUGACUUUACCUUACUGUCUGCACAAACCUAUGAGCUACAGAUGCAAGGAAGUUUGUAAACCCUUUAGAAUGACCUGGAUUUCUGCAUUGAUUACUAAUACAGUGUGGUGUGAUCGUCAUCUAAGUC